AUGGGAAGCAAAGCGAACGGACUUAGGAGCACUACAUCAGCAGAGUAUCCAUUACCGGCAACCAGCUCGGCCGGAGAUUUAGCCUCAUCCUCUUUUCUUUCCCUGAGCAGCAGCUGGUCUGGAAGAAGCCCACUUGUUGCCACACAGACCUCAGUGAAAGCCUCAGGCAGACUCCAUGGAGAAGAACAAGAAGUUCUCAAGAGGGAUCAGGUCCAACAAGACAAGGUCUGGAGAGAGUUUGUGAAGGCUGAGAGGAAGGCAACCAAAUACUGGUAUCAGAACUGGAGUUUCCUAAAGGACUACGAUCCCCUGGGCAAGGAAAAAGUACCUGACCGACUUCCUGAAUACAUACCAAUAUUCUCAGACAAGAUUCCCAAUACCACCAACCAUGUUAUUGGCAGCAGAAUGAACACUGAUCUUGGUAAAACACUGAUAAAAAUGGACUAUUUCCUCAAUUAUGGAAGAAGAAAAAAGAAACUUGGGCAAGAACUCUAG